GGUUAAGACUUUGGAGUAUCUUUAUUAGUCAGGUGUUAACAGCUUUUCUCUCACAUAACCAAAGCAAAAUGUAGACUAUCCCUCCGGUUCAUUCUCCUGUGAUAAAUAAAGCACCUGUGGAAGGGGGAUUCAGUUUAUAUUUGGAACAUCACAUCGAAACUUAAGACUUGUCGAGGUGAGUGACAGGACAAAGGCCUUUUAUUUCACUGCAUAACACGAAGGAUUUAAAUGGACAAUCAUUAACUCCAGUAAUGCUUUCACAGACUGUACCUACAGGCUUUCUCCUCACUUUGACUGCUGCCUUGAGGAGUUUGAUUCUACUACCUCUCAACAUAAUUGAUCAAAAUUUCAAUUUCCAUUUUGGAUGGUAUUGAAGUUUAUUCUAAAACUUGCCAAGGAGGUGCGAUGGCUGUCAGGCACACUGUGUGAAUUCAACAAUGUGUUGGCUCAGCGGUCCGUCUCUCUGACCUUUAGCAAUCACACCGGGCAGGAUGGUUUACCUGGCUCACACAGCUCACCGGCAGUUCCUGGGCCUGAUGGCCGGGGUCAUGGCCUGGAUCCUCAUCAUGACCACAACCGGCCUCAACGAGUGGCGGCUGUGGUACGUGGCCGAUGAGUCCGUCAUCACCUCGGGCGUGGCCUGGGUGGGCAUCUGGAGGGCGUGUUUCUACAGUCAUGUCCUUCCCAGGAUAGAGAACUGUCAGAGCAUCGGCAUCUCGGACCCCUUUGCUCCUGCAGAGAUCCCUGUGGCUCAGGUGCUGAUGGUGCUGGCGCUGAUCUGCGGCCUGGUGGGGAACAUCACCGCUGCAGUGGCUGUGAGGAUGGUCUACUUCUCUAUAGAGAAUCGUAGGAACAUAAGGCUGGUCUUUGUGCUGGCAGGGACCCUGUAUGUGCUGACUGGGACGUUGUCAUUGGUGCCGUUGAUGUGGAACAUGAGCUCUGUGCUUAAAAACAGCACCAUAGGCUUUCCUCCUGAGUUCCACCUCCCCGCAGCUCCUGUCAGGCAGCAAGUCGGCUCGGCCAUCGGAGUGGGCAUCUUCGCCUCCAUCCUGAUGCUCAUAAGCGGGGCGCUUCUCCUCUGCUACCGCUACGCCUGGGCGGCCCUCAGCACAAAGGCCCCCAGAGACACCCGGGAUCCGCUCCAAGGUCCCUGGACAGAAACAACCCUAGCGCAGAAGUCUGAAUUCCUAGAUGGAACCAACCAAGGCAGGGAUAAUCCUGCAUUUCACAGAGAAGAAAUCUCAUGAUGGCAAAACAUCAGAACACUUCAUUUACAAUCUUGGAUUUGGAUCUUUUUAAUCAAUGGGAAAGUGACUUAGACAGUGUCAUUGGGGAAAAGUUUAAAGAUUUCAAGCCGAGUGCUGCUCACAACAUUUCUUAAUGACUAAAGACUUACAGAAUGAGUUUAGCCUUUCUUGUGGAACAUCAACCAUGUUAUAUUACAAGAAACACUGUGGUAUUGAUUAUAUAGCUGCUUUAAUAUUCUACGUUAAUACAGCAUGUUAUGUAUGAUAUGCCCGCUGGCUUGUGUAAAGUGAAGCUCUCUUGGAUUUGUGUUGCCAGAGUUCAGGGACGGACGCAUAUCUGCAGAUGUUAUCAUAAACUUUAUCUCUCCAGUGUUAUCCAAUAGUGCUGUUUGGAGUGAGCGAUCUGAGCGUCUCUGUAAUGACUGGGGGAGGUGACAUGACAUGACAUGCCAAGGUGUGGGCUUCUAACGGGGCCCCAUGUGAGGAAGGAUCUUAGAGGGUCAAGUUGACUGGGGGCCCUGCUCAUGUGACCUGGGUAGGAGGCUGACGAGAGCAGGCAUGUGAGUCUGGAGAGGGGGCCGCCUCACAGUAGUGAUUGUUGCCAGGGAAGACACACACACACACACACACACACACACACACACACACACACACACACACACACACACACACUGCACCUCUCUGGAGGAGGAACAAAAGGCCCUCUUCAGCUGAGUACAGCUCUCUGUCAAAAACACAAGUCCCAGAAGUGGAUGAAAGGUAGCUGUGACCACUCGUGCAACAUGGUGAGGUGCUCCAUCACAGACUUGAUGCCAGUAAUCUGUAAUAGGAGAACCACUGAUAUUAAUUUAAUUGAGUAUAACCAGUAUUCACAUUCCUCUAGAUAAGAGAUUUUGGGAAAGUAUUUAAAUCAUUCUUUGUCUCUGUCUUCAUCCACCCUCCCACCUCUCUCUUGCACAUUCCCCUCUAUAGAUAAGCCUGACAUAAUCGCCUGAGCUGGUUAUGUUUUAUCUAAUCUGUUAUUCUAAGUCAUAUACUCUAUCAGUUAUAAUAAUUAAUGGAGGAAAACUCAUAAGAAGGCUCUGAGAGAGGAAGGAAGGUGAUCAGUGCAAUUAAAAACCCUCAUGUCAAAGUAUGUUGCCAAACGUACCAUAGGUUUACAAAGAUGGCAUUUUAUUUGCAGUUAACUAGAUUCAAGAGAGAUGACUGGGGGGGGUAAAGCUCCAAGCAGAUGAGCAAUUAUGUUCUUUUAUCUUCUUCAGAGAUUCCUGCAUCGGAUGAACAUUAUUAUAGCCAGGGCCAUCUCCAUGUAAGUAACUACAGUCAUCUGAAAGAUAUAGUUACUGGUUACUUUUCAGAUUUGCCAUAAAAAAGAAAGACAUUUAUGAUACGUUUUUUUCGUAUUGUGCUUGUGACAAAAAAAGCAGUGCCUAGUUAGGACCCCUUGUUACAGAUAAGUGUUUUAUCAAAGCGUGAUUUCCUCUCUUAAAGGGGAACUCCACCGAUUUUACACAUCAAAGUCUGUUUACAGGUGUUACACCUGUGUACCUUUGUGGCUUCAGGGGGAGCUGCGCCAAAGCUGUUAAAUUGCCUCAAGUGAUGUCACUUGCGUCAGCGUCGGCUGGAGCUGAAAACAAGUUUAUAAAUGAAAUAAAUCUGGAGGUGUGGAGUUAGAAAGAAGUGGUGUAACCAGACAUCCGUAGUCCGCUCCUAAUCUCUGCUAGAGGCUAGCAGCUCAAGGCUACAUUAGCCACAACUAGCAUAACACACCUAAAUGUCCAGGCUGAGCUUUUGGAAGUUAAUGUAGGCGCCAGGUUUUGAUAAGGAAAGAAUGCAUAGAACAAAAAAGACGACAUCACUGCUUCUGCUGCAAUGAUUUUGAUCCUUUUUUUAACCGUCCAUCCUGAGUCCGACAUGGUUAUAGGACUGCAAUGCUUAACCCGUAGAGAGAGCUCUUUUAAAUUCUCAGAUGGUUUCAUUAAGAUAGCUGUUCAAGGCUCAUUUCCUCUCCCAUUAAUCAUCUCACAACCCCAAAGAUUUAUCUUGCGACCCUCUAAAGCAGACCACGCCCUGGGGGCCAUUUUUCUGUACUUAUCAAAAGGACUUUUACUUUUGAUACUUUCAGUACAUUUAGCUGAAAAUAAAGGAACAUUAUCAUGAUGGUUUAUUUGUUCUGAGUAUUGAGUACUGAUUUCACAAAACUGCAAUUCUUAACAUGUUGCACUGACAUCAUAUCUGAUCAAAGUUUCUCCAUGUACAUCUGAACAGUCAGUGUAGAAAGUCACGUUACAUGUAACAAUGGGACAAAGUUGUACCUUUUCUAGAGGUACUUUGUUGUGCCUUUGUUUAAGGUACAUUAUUGAUCCUCAAAAGUAUAAUAGUGUCCCUUUAGAAGGUACAAACAAGUAAGGUACAAUUUUGUUCCAUUGACUAAAGGUACAACAAUGUACUUUUGAGGGUACCACCCCAGUGACACGCUUUUGUUCCUUAAAGGUACUGUUUUGUACUUUUUUCCUUUGUGCUGUGAGAAGUUUGCUUAUCAAUUUUUUUUUCUGGUUUGCAGUCGGAUGCAUUUAAACAUAAUUAGUAGGCGACAUGUCAUUUCCUUAAUGUUGCUGCACUGCCCGGCCCUAAAGCAAAUGGAGUCUUACGGUAAUCAAGGAGAACAUCUCUGCAGUUGUUUUUCGCUGCCUCCCCUGCUGAUAGCUGCUCUCACACUGGGAGACACCAGGCCCUCCCCUACAGCCUGCGUGGCGUCAGAGGAUAGGAGGGUGCCUCUCGAUACUCUCCAUGUUCUCUGGCUCUGUGAGGCCUGGCUGGCAGAACCACUUUUUCUAUCCUCAAAAGCAAAGUCUGUCAUGUCUCGGCCCCCAUAUGCUUCUGUGACAUCAUUAUCCCUUAUUAACUUCAUUCUAUACACAAAAAGUACAAUCAUUAGAAUGUGGAGGUUUAAAAGUCAUACUUCUCCCAUGCAAUAACACAUUU